AUGCGUUUUCUGCUCCCCUUUGCCAUUGGGCUCACCCCCCUGGCUUCCGCCCUGAGCAUCAACAAGCCGGGCGCCAACUCGACCUACGCCGCCGGAUCUACCGUAACGGUCAACUGGAGUACAGUGGACACUGACCCCACCGAAAUCAGCCUGUACCUGUGGAACUUUGUUUCCUGGCCUCCGUCUUACGUUCCUCUGGCUCAGAAUGUGCCCACUGCCGAUCAGUCAUACUCGGUGCAGAUCCCCUGCGACACCAACCCCGAAUGGGGUUAUCAGAUCAGCGCCAUCAACGGGACCAAUGUCUACAUUAUCUACGCGCAGGGUGACCGGUUCACGGUCUCAGAUCCUGUAAAUGGCACCAGCUGUUCUGACCCCGUCACGCCACCCCCAGCUUCCACCUGCGGUCCCACCAACGCGGUGUCGACUGUUUAUGUCACGGUGAGCCCUACCGGUUCCAGUUCCCGUCUGAUUCAUCAUUCCUCCCUCGGCCUUCCUUCCAGCCACCUCCCGCAAUCCACACACGCCCUUCCUGCUCCCUCCUCCACUGUCACUGCCUCUUCAAAAUACGUGAAGCCCGGAAUCGUGCCUAAGACUAUUGGUUGGUGCUCAGACUACUCCCACCCCGUGACCUUGGACAAGGUCCCAACACCGACCGCGGUACCGGCUGGCCCCAAUGACGCUGGACACGAUACAUCUUCGGCAGUGGUGACUGCUGCACCUAGUGUGGUCACUGGCGAAGCAAAGGUCGUGACGAUCACUACUACGGUGUCCGUACCUGCUGCUCCGGGAGACGAACAAUGUCUUUUUGUUUGA